CGGUGGCGGCGGCGAGAAGAUGGCGGCGUCCGGUGGCAGUGGUGGCGCUGGUGGCGGCGGCUUCCGCGCGGGCCCGGGCCCCGAGCGCCCUAACAGGUGAGAACCAGCCCACAGGGUGGGCUUGCACCUGCCCCGGGGCUGGAGUGACCUAAGGGGAGUCCUGGAGGAGUGGCCUGGGCAGGCUCGAGGAUUUUUACGGGGGCUGCGGACUUUAGGUGGCUAUGGAGUACUGAGGGGACUGAGGGCUGUUCACGGGUCAUCCGAAGGCGGAUUGGGGGCCCCAGGGCCUCCAGGCGUCUGCAUGCGGCCCUAGGGGCCUGAGAGGGCUUUGAGGGGUGUGGAGAUCUGAAAGGAAACCCAGGGGCUCCUGACUGUGAUGUGGCCAUGGGGGAACUGGGGAUGCCAAGGGGUCUGGGAGGCAGGGAGGUCCUGAGCAGGGGCUAUAGGAAGUCUUGAGGUUGUUGAGGCUGUCUGGGCGACUCUGAGGAGGGGCUGAGGGGAAUUUGGAGGGCUGAGGCCCACGGCUUCUUGGAGGGUGCUGAAGGACCCUGAGGUUCCUAAAGGUGGUCCUGAGGACAUGCUGAGGGGACCUGGGAGGAGUGAGGACUGUAGAAGGUUGGGAGUAGGAGGCUCAAGCGAACCCAAGGGCCUGAAAGAGGCCUGAGGGACCAGGGAGAACCUGAGAGAGGGAGCUGAGGGGCCCUGGGGGUCCCAGUGAGUCCUGAUUGGCAGGGAGAGGUCUUGGGGACCCAGGGGUCCUGGGGGGCUAGAAUGGGUCUUGGGAAGCCUGAAGAUGGUGAGAGAGCGCUGAAGGUUUAAAAAAUACAUGAGAAGGGUCCGACCUUGUGGCUCCUCCCUCCAAGCCCCAUGGGUUGUAAAUCCCAUUCACCCCCAGGGAAAAGAACUUGAAGCAUGGUCUUGCCCUCAGAUCAUGGUGGAAGAAUUCACCCCUUUUGGUCUGAGAGAGGCCCCCUUUCCCUUUGGACAAGUCCUGAGACUGGUUGUUUGAACCGCAGAAUUGGCAUAGCAAUUGAAGGUAUUUUUAUGCAUUGUUCUGGGUUCUCAGAGGGAAAGGGGGGAUCUUAGGAUGUAAGACCUCCCUCCCUCUUCCCAUUGCACAAGGCCAGAGUAAUCUAGACCUUCUCAUCCCAGUCCCCCAGGAUAGUCUGCUACCCUCGGUGACCAAGGAAGAAAUUCGGACUUUUUCUUGCUGCAUGGCCGACAAGAACGGGGCCCUCAAGUGUACCUUCUCAGCCCCGGGCCACAGCACCAGCCUCCUGCAGGGCCUCGCCGCCCUCCGCGCCCAGGGCCAGCUCCUGGAUGUCGUGCUCACCAUCAACCAAGAGACCUUUCACGCGCACAAGGUGGUCCUGGCCGCCUGCAGCGACUACUUCAGGGCCAUGUUCACGGGCGGCAUGAGGGAGACGAGCCAGGACGUUAUUGAGCUGAAGGGCGUGUCGGCCCGCGGCCUGCAGCACAUCAUCGACUUUGCCUACAGUGCCGAGGUGACACUGGACCUGGACUGUGUGCAGGACGUGCUGGGUGCAGCCGUGUUCCUGCAGAUGCUGCCCGUGGUGGAGCUGUGUGAGGAGUUCCUCAAGGCCGCCAUGAGCGUGGAGACCUGCCUCAACAUUGGCCACAUGGCCACCACCUUCAGCCUGGCCUCGCUCAAGGAAUCGGUGGACACCUUCACCUUCCGGCACUUCCUGCAGAUUGCCGAGGAGGAGGACUUCCUGCACCUGCCGCUGGAGCGCCUCGUCUUCUUCCUGAAGAGCAACCGGCUGCAGAGCUGCGCCGAGAUUGACCUGUUCCGUGUGGCCGUCCGCUGGCUGCAGCACGACCCCGCCCGGCGGCUGCGCGCCAGCCACGUGCUCUGCCACAUCCGCUUCCCGCUCAUGCGGUCCUCAGACCUGGUGGACAGCGUGCAGACGCUAGACAUCAUGGUGGAGGAUGUGCUGUGCCGCCAGUACCUGCUGGAGGCCUUCAACUACCAGGUGCUCCCCUUCCGGCAGCAUGAGAUGCAGUCGCCGCGCACAGCCGUGCGCUCGGAUGUGCCCUCGCUGGUUGCCUUUGGUGGCACGCCCUACACCGACAGCGACCGCUCGGUCAGCAGCAAGGUGUACCAGCUGCCCGAGCCGGGGUCCCGUCAUUUCCGUGAGCUGACGGAGAUGGAGGUGGGCUGCAGCCACACGUGCGUAGCCGUGCUGGACAACUUCGUGUACGUGGCCGGGGGUCAGCACCUGCAGUACCGCAGUGGCGAGGGUGCCGUGGACUCCUGCUACCGCUACGACCCCCACCUGAACCGCUGGCUGCGCCUGCAGGCCAUGCAGGAGAGCCGAAUCCAGUUCCAGUUGAACGUGCUGUGCGGCAUGGUAUACGCCACAGGUGGCCGCAACCGGGCCGGCAGCCUGGCCUCAGUUGAGAGGUACUGCCCGCGGCGCAAUGAGUGGGGCUACGCCUGUUCACUGAAGCGCCGCACGUGGGGCCACGCGGGUGCCUCGUCUGGGGGCCGCCUCUACAUCUCGGGCGGCUACGGCAUUUCGGUGGAGGACAAGAAGGCCCUGCACUGCUACGACCCCGAGGCCGACCAGUGGGAGUUCAAGGCUCCCAUGAGCGAGCCCCGAGUGCUCCACGCCAUGGUGGGCGCUGGCGGCCGCAUCUACGCCCUCGGUGGCCGCAUGGACCACGUUGACCGCUGCUUCGACGUGCUGGCUGUGGAGUACUACGUGCCCGAGACGGACCAGUGGACCAGUGUGAGCCCCAUGCGGGCUGGACAGUCAGAGGCCGGCUGCUGCCUGCUGGACAGGAAGAUCUACAUCGUAGGGGGCUACAACUGGCGUCUCAACAACGUGACAGGCAUCGUGCAGGUGUACAACACCGAGACGGAUGAGUGGGAGCGCGACCUGCACUUCCCGGAGUCCUUUGCCGGCAUCGCCUGUGCCCCCGUCCUGCUGCCCCGGGCCAGGACCAGGAGGUAGCUCCCCAGACCCCGGUUCCCGGCCUGGCCGCCUGCUGUUUCUGCGAGGGGCUUGGCGGGUGCGUGUCUGGGCGGGGAACUUCAAAUCCCCACCCCCGCGGGCUGGUCUCGCAUAAGGCACCCUCCUCACCCCCCCCCCUCCUUCCUGAAGCAGAUUCUGGCUCUGUGCCCAGUGGGGGAGGCUGCCAGCAACAAGGCUGAUGUGGCAGCAAACUCACACCCAAGGCGGUUUCCUCGCCCACCUUCAGUUCUCGCUGGCUGCCUGGCGGGCGGGAAUCGGGGUCUCCUUUGGGGCGUCGUGGUGUGGCUUUGCCCCACUUCUCUCCCCUCCCCCUGCCUGGAGGUCUGAGAAAUGCAGAUACGAACUCGUUCCCGGUUGAUCCCCAAAUUCCCCCCAACCCCCAUGAGUUGCAUGCGUCCUUUUUAAAAUAAACAUACCCCAAGUCUCUAACAUAUGGACCUCCAGGAGCAGGAGAAGCGGCUGGCAAGUACCUGGCUCGGGUUGGCCAGAAGGGCACGUUUCCGCCUCCCCAAGAAGCCUGAGCUGCUGGGCAGGAGGGAGCCGGCACUCAUUUCUAUUCCUGGCCUGGGUCUUAGCACCUUCAGGGUGUUCUGUCAUCCGCUUUCAGGAGGAAAAACAACACAGCCAGCUCCCAGAGACCGUCCUUACGGGCAUCAGGCCUUCCCGUUUGGCCCUGGGUGAUGUGUGGGGCCUUAAUAAGAACGGGCUGACUCUCCUCAUCCCUGUCCCGGUCCCAUGAAUGAAAGGGGACGCCUGCUUCAGAAUCUCACAGUGCAUCUGCAUUCCACAGGCCUGUCCCGUGCUUUUUAUUUCUCCCCCUCUUUCCAGCCCUCUGCUCCCCCCAACCCUGUGUUCAGGUUGACAUGCCGCAGGCCUGUGCCCACCCUGCGUGGGAAGUCAGGCGGGCUGUGAGGCCUCUGACUUCAAGGGCUUUGUGGCAUCUCCAGCCACAUUUGCUUUGGUGUCUAAACCUCAAAACCAUUUUUUUUUGUUGUUGUUCUCUUCUGCUUUUUUUUAAGAGGCCAGCACCACUGUCUUAUAAAUGGGAUUUGUACCCUCGGGGCAACUUAAAGUGUCUCUUCUGCUGCUAAUGGACGAUUGAUGUCGUGUCUCUGUGACCCGCUCGCCAUGUAAAUAAUUAACCUCAUACCUUAGCAGACGUUGUCUCCUAAUACUUUCCUUUUAUUUAAUAAAAAUGUUAUGGUAAAAA